GCUUCUUCUCAACUCAAAAUAACAAGUUUACACAAACACACAAACACAACAGAAAUCAUAGAACAACCUACUACUUCUUCUUCUUUCCCACCCUCUCCUUUGAUCAUUGGGUGAGUUACUAUGAGGAGGAACAAUGUUCUAUUAUUGUAUUCUCUCAUUGCGCUUGCCGCUUACUUCUCUCUCCGAUUUCAAGCUCAAGCUGCUCCUGCAGGAGCAUUGAUUAACCAUCUUUCUUCACUUCUCAAAUGGACAAGGUCUAGUGCCUCCAAGGCGCCAAAUUCAGGUUCAUUGUGCAGUGAUGAUAAUAAUAAUAGCUUCGUGAUUUGUGUGGUACAUCAAUUCUAUGGUUUAGUAUGUAAAUCUUUUGUGUUUUCAGAAACCCUAGAAGAAUUGGAGUUCGAAGGUGGCAUGGAACCAUCACCAUCAAUGCGAUACAAUCUGCGAUCUCGUGGUCGUAUAAUCGGCAACCGCCUUUUGAGGUUACGACGAGGAGUUCCAGUCUAUAAUCAUCACCACUCAUGUCAAAAGCCUUAUAGGCCCUCCGUUAAAAAAGUACAAAAGCCUUGUGGACCCUCAAUACUUAGAGGCACUGAUGAGGAACUAGGAAAUCAAAGGCCACAUCAUUGUAAGAUUAGAAAAGAACAACGGAGACAAAGUAGAUUACGUUUUAUGGAGAAGUAUCGACCUUAUCCAUUUGUGGCAAUGCAACACUACAACAUAAUGCUAAAAGAGGAAGAACAGUACAAAGUUUAUGAUCGUGGAGAUGGGAUUAUGACGGCUUACAAAAAAGUUGGUGUUUUUCAUCAACUGCACAUUUUGGGUGUGCCAAAAUCUUUUGAAUACAUGCAGAACUCAUCAGAUGAUGAUGUUCCUGUUAAGCACUUUUAUGCCCGGAUCCAUGAAGCACCCAACAGUAAAACUUAUGUAGAUCACUGUGAGCCUUUUGAAGGAGAAGGACCUUCAUGGAAAGGUCUUGAUAUUACCCGAGUUGUUCCCUUGUGCUGUAAAAUUUGUGGUCUUGCAAAUAGGCGUGCUAUCAAGUCAAGAUCAUCAGAAUUGAGCAAGCAAGCUAAAGCUGAUGGAGAAGAUUUGGAUUCAGAAUCAUUUUAUGUGGUUACGCGGACCCUGAUGCCCCCUAAAAAAGAAGGCGUGUAAGCUAUCUGAGAAGACUUUAAGCACUUACGGGUUAUAAUGCCAAAAUCUCAAAGUCGGCACACUCAUCUUUAUCUGCAUCUUUACAGGCUUUAGACUUCUUGAAUAUCUACAUUAUCUUUUCUUUUAUGUAGAAUUCGACUUUUUUAACGCGGUCUUUAUUUUUAGUAUUGAGAAUUCUCUGUUAAGACUCCAUAAACAAUUAAUAAAACCUCUUUUAUUCAUAAUA